UUCGCUGUGGCAUAUAUAAGAGCUUGGAGGAUAAAAUCUCCAAGCCGCGAAAAGGCAAGGCCAUGGGUCGCUUGGUCUUCUCUCACUUCCUCACCAUCUCCAACUCUUCUCCACACUUGGCAACCUCACUGUGCUAUGGUGGAUUUCAAAUCAGGCGCUGGAAAAGACCUAGUUCAAUUCCUCAACAUCGGCUUCUAAGCGCGCGUAAUGGCUCUGGUUUUCGGUGCUGCUGUAGCGCUUCGCUCUUGCAAUCUGCUGGUCCAGAGACUUCUCCGAGCUCUGUAAAAAAGAGGAUAGUGUCUGGAGUCCAGCCGACGGGUUCUAUUCACCUAGGGAAUUAUCUUGGAGCCAUAAGAAACUGGAUUCUGUUGCAGAAUACAUACGAUACUUUCUUUUUCAUUGUGGACCUCCAUGCGAUUACAUUGCCUUAUGAUGCACAACAACUAUCCAAGGCAACAAGGGAUACCGCGGCUCUUUAUUUGGCAUGUGGAGUGGACACCUCCAAGGCAUCUGUCUUUGUGCAGUCUCAUGUUCGUGCCCAUGCAGAGUUGAUGUGGCUUUUAAGCUCUGUCACACCUGUUGGUUGGCUUAAUAGAAUGAUUCAGUUUAAAGAGAAAUCGCGCAAGGCGGGGGAUGAAAAUGUUGGUGUUGGUCUGUUGACUUACCCUGUUUUGAUGGCUUCUGAUAUUCUUUUAUAUCAGUCUGACUUUGUCCCAGUUGGUGAAGAUCAAAAGCAGCAUUUGGAGUUGACACGUGAGCUAGCGGAGCGUGUUAAUCACUUAUUUGGCGGAAGGAAAUGGAAAAAAUUGGGAGGGCGAGGUGGUUCAGUUUUUAAGGUUCCUGAGCCUCUUAUACCACCAGUUGGAGCACGAGUGAUGUCCCUUACUGAUGGUCUUUCCAAGAUGUCCAAGUCUGCGCCUUCUGAUCAGUCCCGGAUCAAUCUUCUUGACCCUAAAGAUGUAAUAGCAAACAAAAUAAAGAGGUGCAAAACUGACUCAUUUCCAGGCAUGGAAUUUGAUAAUCCUGAAAGGCCUGAGUGCAACAAUCUUCUCUCAAUAUAUCAGCUGAUUUCGGGAAAGACGAAAGAGGAUUUUGCAUACCGUAUGAAGAUGACUGACCGAGAUAUGAACUGGGGCACAUUUAAGUCACUCCUAGCUGAUGCGCUGAUUGAUCAUCUGCAACCCAUCCAGGUUCGCUACGAGGAAAUCAUUUCUGACUCAGCUUAUUUGGAUGGAAUUUUGGCGGAAGGUGCUAUGAAAGCUGCAGGUAUAGCUGAUGCUACACUCAAUAAUGUCUACCAGGCAAUGGGAUUCUUGCAGAGAUGAGCAGAACCGAUGCUGCAGGGUAGAAUUCAUGUGAAAAGACCAGUAAUACAGAAACUUUAAAGUUUACUUUGGAUGAUGGAUCAUCCGCCAUAAUUUUUCUUUUGGAGUAUAACAACCAUAAGCAUAUUCUUGAUGAGUGAAAAGAUAUUUUAAUGGGAAGGCCUCGAAUCUUAGUUGUUGUAGUUGCCUCCAUCCAAAUAGGUGUUUUUUUUGGGUAUAAGCAGAUAGGUGUAUUUUUCAUUCGUUAUUAUUCAGUGAAUUGGUAGUCUGCUAUGUAUUAUUGUGUUACUAGUUAAUAAAUUAUUGUUUGCUC